AUGGCGCUCAGCACCCGCCUCGCCUCGGCCCUCCGGCCGGCCCUGGCAGCUCUGUGCCGGGCAGCCCCCGGGCAGCGCCGGGGGCUCAGCACCCCUCCUGGCCCGGAGCCCACGCUCGACCUCGGGGGCAUCUUCCCACCCCUCGCCACCCCCUUCUCGGCCCUGCGGGAGGUGGACUAUGCCCAGCUGGAGGCCAACCUGCGGCGCUACGCCAGCAUCCCCUUCCGAGGGCUGGUGGUGCUGGGCUCCACCGGGGAGCACCCGUACCUGGCACCCCGCGAGCGGCUGGAGGUGCUGAGCUGCGUGCGCCGCGCGCUGCCCCGGGACCGCCUGCUGCUGGCGGGCUCCGGCUGCGAAUCCACCCAGGCCACCGUCGAGCUGACGGUCAGCAUGGCAGAGGCCGGGGCUGACGCGGCGCUGGUGGUGACGCCCUGCUACUACCGGGGAGCCAUGAGCAGCGCCGCCCUGGUGCGGCACUACACGGAGGUGGCCGAGGCGUCCCCCAUCCCCGUGGUGCUCUACAGCGUCCCUGCCAACACCGGCCUGGAGCUGCCGCUGGAGGCUGUCCUCACCCUGGCUCAGCACCCCAAUGUCAUCGGCAUCAAGGACAGCGGCGGGGAUAUCACCCGCGUGGGUCUGCUCGUCCACAAGACGCGGCAGGAGGAUUUCCAGGUGCUGGCGGGAUCGGCCGGCUUCCUUUUGGCGAGCUACGCCGUGGGUGCCUCGGGGGGGGUCUGCGCCCUCGCCAACGUCCUGGGGGCCCCGCUGUGCCAGCUGGAGCGCCUGUGCCGCCAGGGCUGCUGGCAGGAGGCCCGCGACCUGCAGCACCGGCUCAUCGAGCCCAACGCGGCGGUCACCCGCCGCUUUGGGAUCCCGGGGCUGAAGAAGGCCAUGGAGUGGUUCGGGUACUACGGGGGGCCCUGCCGCGCGCCCCUGGCCCCGCUGAGCCCGGCCCAGGUGGAGGAGCUGAGGGGCACCUUCAGCACCAACGGCUGGUUGUGA